UUUAAGAAAAAAAAAAAAAAAAAAAAAAAAAGAAAGAAAGAAAGUUGCAUUGAAUUAAUAAUUAUUGUUUUAUUUGUAGAAUCUUUUAUUUAUCAAACUGGACCAUCUUUUAUGAUCGCACUUGCUUUGUUCAUCCAGUCGAUACCCGCUAUCACAAUACACUGCUUUCUACUAAUACCACCAACUGUAGCUGUCCUUAAGAAUCGAUCUUUUGUUCACUCAAAGGCGGCCAGCUUUUUUACGAUACAUAUUUUUAAAUAAUUUUAAUACUUUAAAGAUGUUACAUACUCAAAAGACGACUCUUUUGCGAAACUUGCGCACGUUCUCUUCUACCGCCGGUUUAAAGAGUGGUGCUUCUUUGUACGAACAGACUAUUCCUAAUCUAAUGGUGAAUUCGGAUACCAAAGUUGUUUUCCAAGGCUUUACCGGAAAACAAGGUACCUUCCAUGCUCAACAAGCCUUACAGUAUGGUACCAAUAUCGUCGGUGGUACCAACCCCAAGAAGGCUGGCAGCACACAUCUUGACAAACCUGUUUUUGGUAACAUUGCCGAAGCUAUGAGAGAGACAAAAGCAAACGCUUCCGGUAUCUUUGUUCCUCCUCCAUUGGCCGCCGGUGCAAUUGAAGAAGCUAUUGCAGCUGAAGUUCCUCUUGUUGUUGCCAUCACCGAGGGCAUUCCUCAACAUGACAUGCUUCGUGUUUCUGAUAUUUUGAAAACUCAAAACAAGACUCGUUUAGUUGGACCUAACUGCCCUGGUAUCAUUCGCCCCGGUCAAUGCAAGAUUGGCAUUAUGCCUUCUCACAUCCACAAGCCCGGUCGUAUCGGUAUCGUUUCUCGUAGUGGUACAUUGACUUACGAAGCCGUUAAUCAAACUACUCAAGCUGGUUUGGGUCAAAGCCUCGUCAUCGGUAUCGGUGGUGAUCCUUUCCCUGGUACCAACUUCAUUGAUGCCUUGAAAUUAUUUUUGAACGAUCCCAAUACUGAUGGUAUCAUCUUGAUCGGUGAAAUUGGUGGUAGCGCUGAAGAAGAUGCUGCUGAAUACAUCAAACAAGCUAACCUCACCAAGAGCAACCCUAAGCCCAUUGUUUCUUUUAUCGCCGGUGCCACUGCCCCUAAGGGUCGUAGAAUGGGUCAUGCUGGUGCCAUUGUUGCUGGUGGUAAGGGUACCGCUGCUGCUAAGUUCGAAGCCUUGGAAGGCGCUGGUGUCCGUAUUUCCCGCUCUCCCGCUACCCUUGGUAGCCUUCUUGUGGAGGAAUUGAACAAGACAAAACAAUAAAUUGAGUCAUUGCGUUCUUGAAUGUCCUGCCACUUAAUGGGCUCGCUUUCUUUUACUCUUCACUCGGAUGAAUCAGUACAUAUUCCCCCCUCUCUCUGAUGUUAUAUACGAAAGUAGAAUAAAAUUCUUAGUACACCAUUCUACUUUCGGCGUAAUAUAGUUACUAUACCAAACACGUGAUUUAAUAAUGCACUAGAUGCAACAUCAUUGUCAACAUGGUUAUUCCAACUUUAUGAAUAAUAGCUAUUCUUUUUCAUUGCCUAUUCUCAACCAAACUAUCAAUUCGAAUUGAUUGUCACUUUGUAUCAGGUAAUCACUAAUUGUUCUCGCAUAAUGUUUAACUUCUCUUCACCAUUCUUUUGUAACUCGACAUCAUAAUAAUUUUAAGAA